UCUGUCAAUCUGGUGGUCUGUGUAUUUAUAACCGCUUUGCUCCUCCUCUUUGCUCUAGCUGGUUUGUUGGACUUGUUGGGUGCAGAGUACAAGAUUUGGUCAAGGGAAAGGGAACCAACAAUGAUUUCAUUUCCACUGUGGCUCUUCAUGGUGGCACUGAGUGGGUGUUCCACUGCAGUACAUACUGGCCUACUUGCAGGGCACCCCUGCUCUACAGUGCUCGCCUCUGCAGCCUCUACAGUGCACUCCUCUACAGUGCCCGCCUCUACAGCCUCUGCAGUGUCCUCCUCUACAGUGCCCACCUCUACAGCCUCUAAAGUGCCCACCUCUACAGCCUCUGCAGUGCCCACCUCUAAAGUGCCCACCUCUACAGCCUCUAAAGUGCCCACCUCUACAGCCUCUAAAGUGCCCACCUCUACAGCCUCUAAAGUGCCCACCUCUACAGCCUCUAAAGUGCCCACCUCUACAGCCUCUAAAGUGCCCACCUCUACAGCCUCUGCAGUGCCCACCUCUAAAGUGCCCACCUCUACAACGUUUGAUGAAUAG